AAGGUCCUUAACAGUGUUGGGGUUGUGAGAUAGCUUCUGCCGCAACGCAUCCAAGACAGUGCGCACCGUGUGGGUACACGUCGACAGCACUUGCUUUAGGUUGUGGCUGGCCAUCCUACACUACCCGGUACCUGCACUCGGUACCUUACCUACAUCUCUGUACUGGCUCUCCUCCAUCGUCUCCUUUGCCGCCGUCGCCGUCGCCGCUGUGCAGAUGAACAGCAUAUGCGCGGGUGGUCCGUUGCACUGUCGCAGCCAAGCUCGUCUCCUGUUCAGUUGCUUUGGGUUUGCCGCCGCCGCCGCCCAGUCAGCAGCGCCGACAGUCCAUCGCAUUGUUGUUGUUGUUGUUCCCCUGCUCUCGGCCAAUCCCAGGCCUAGCUCACUAUUUCCCAAAGGUUGGGAUUCGGGCGGAUCAGGGGUCCCCCAGCGGCCAGACGAGAGGGUCGAGAGGGUUUCACUUUGGAUUGAGGCAGACAGCGACACACUGUGGGCGGACGACAUGAAGCCAGCCGAGUGUGAGGGCCUCGCAGCGUGGGAAGAAGUCUCCAGCCAGCAUGGAAUGGGAAACACUAGGCUGGGUUUCCAGUGUUUCUGAACAUCAGACUGCGCCAGUUAAAUGCCCC